AUGCAGGGCGAGCAUGCAGCCACAGCCCUUGAGAAUAACCUUUCAAAUCUCGAGAGUAGACUCGAUGCUAUUCUCGCUGCCCUGGAAGCCAAAGAGGACCCUCAGUUACCCGCAGCCGCCAUCGUGUCCAAGCGUGAGGACUCUUCCAAAGUCAAAGGCACAGACGAUCCAAAAGACGAGCUGCCGGAUGGCACCGCUGGUGAUGCAGUGAAGGCCGGCAAGGACACGGCCUGA